UGCGAUGAGAAGCUACCUGACAUAUACAUAAAGACCACGUGGGGCGAGAUAAACAGUUGCCAAUCUCCCUUCUUCACGUGCCUUUCUCUUUAGAAACUCGCAUCAAAAAGAAAGGACAAAACCGUAAUUGAGUUACCAACGACCAAGGUGUCAUGAUCCGAUUCCCACCGCUGGUCCACAACGCGCAAGGAAGAGAAACGUCAAAGGACGUUGACGCCGCAUCAGAUUUGCAGGACCACUCGUCCCUGACAGAAGCCGCUUACUACCGCUAAAAAACGCUCCCUCUCUCUCCAUGAGAAUUUUCGUUUGAUCGCCGGUUUUAACUGUUUCAUCACACCGUACAUCUCCGUGCUCGCGUUUCGAGGUCGAAGAGGACGGUUAACCGAUUCAGAUCAGACUUCAGAGCAUAAUGGAGGGAAAACGACAGUGUUUUGGUACUAAGGUUGAUACUUUAUGUUCUUUUAACUGAGAACCGCCAUUCUUCUUCCUUUUGAGGUAAAAGAAAAAAAAAAGCAGAAAUUUUAUUUAUUUAUGUGUAAAAAGUUAAAGAUUUUCAUUGCUUGGCAUUUAAGCUUAGUUGGUGGCCACUAGGGAAAGUUUUCUGGUCUGUCAAGAAUUAAAAAUCAACAUUUUCUUUUUUAAUUUCUAAAAAAAAAUUAUUUAUUUGGGGGUUGAAGAUUAGGGAAGGGGCUUUCUUUUUAACUACCAGCUUCAUUGAAAUAUUUUUUUUUCAUUUUUAAAUGUUUAAUUUAGUUGAUGUUUAACCUUAAAAAUAAAAUAUAAUAUCAAAUCAUUUUCAGGUUUGUUGGAUAAAGCCUUAUGUCUAGCUCAUCGUUGCUGACAUAACCCGUAAUUAGCCUUAAUACUCAUGGAUCAUUUUCUUUAGUUAGUUGGAUUGAUAAUCAUGAUUAGCUUCUUGUUGCAGAUAGACUAUGGUUGUGAAAGGAUGUGCUUAAGCUUUGUAUACCUUUGGCAACCACCACAACAGCCUUGCUAUUAACUGAUAAACUGUCUUGCAUUUUUUAGGAAAGCAAGAAUGAGUGUGUUUAUUUGACCUCUUGAGUUUGAUUUUUUCCUCUUUCUGAGACUAUGCAAAUGUAUGGGUCUUUUUUUUAUUUAAUGUGUGGUAAGGUGAGUAACAACAAAAGAGGAGCGUGAAAAAUGGGGGCAAUUGGCGGGGAAGAGUUAAAGAAGUUGGAGAAGGAGCAGAAGGCACAAAUGGCAAUUGCUCGUGAGGAGAGGAUUCUAGUUGUGGUGAGGUUGAGGCCUUUGAGUGACAAGGAAAUUGUAGCAGAUGAAGUUACUGAUUGGGAGUGCAUCAAUGACAGUACAAUCCUAUAUCGGAAUACGCUCCGGGAAGGGUCAACAUUCCCGUCUGCCUAUACAUUUGAUAGAGUAUUUCGGGGUGACUGCUCCACAAAGCAAGUGUAUGAGGAAGGCACCAAGGAGAUUGCUCUUUCAGUUGUUAGUGGAAUUAAUUCUAGUAUUUUUGCAUAUGGACAAACUAGCAGUGGGAAGACAUACACCAUGACUGGAAUAACUGAGAAUACCGUUGCAGAUAUAUUUGAAUACAUAAACAGACAUGAAGAAAGAGCAUUUGUUUUGAAGUUCUCAGCAAUUGAGAUAUACAAUGAAGCUAUUAGAGACCUCCUAAGCUCCGAUAACACUCAACUUAGGCUUCGUGAUGAUCCUGAGAAAGGAACCAUUGUGGAAAAAGUCACAGAGGAACCGCUGAGGGACUGGAACCAUUUGAAAGAACUCCUUGCUAUUUGCGAAGCUCAAAGAAGGAUAGGAGAGACCUCCUUGAAUGAGAGAAGCUCCAGAUCUCAUCAAAUUAUAAGAUUGACAAUUGAAAGCUCCGCUCGUGAGUUCCUAGGAAAAGAAAAUUCAACAACACUUGCAGCAAGUGUGAAUUUUAUUGAUUUGGCUGGAAGUGAGCGAGCAUCUCAGUCGUUAUCUACUGGGGCAAGACUGAAAGAGGGUUGCCAUAUAAAUCGUAGUUUACUGACACUGUCAACUGUUAUUCGCAAGCUAAGUAAAGGCAGACAAGGACAUAUCAAUUAUAGAGAUUCUAAGCUGACGCGCAUACUGCAGCCUUGUUUGGGUGGCAAUGCCAGGACUGCCAUUAUAUGUACCUUGAGCCCUGCACGAAGCCAUGUUGAACAAACCAGGAACACUCUUCUGUUUGCUUGUUGUGCAAAAGAAGUUACUACUAAAGCCCAGGUGAAUGUGGUCAUGUCUGAUAAGGCCUUAGUUAAGCAUUUACAAAGAGAGGUGGCCAGGUUAGAAAGUGAACUCAGGAGUCCUGUCCCUCCUUCCUCAAACAGUGACUAUGCAGCUUUACUGAGAAAGAAAGAUCUUCAGAUUCAAAAGAUGGAGAAGGAGAUUAGAGAGUUGACUAAGCAACGUGAUCUUGCUCAAUCUCGGGUUGAAGAUUUGCUAAGGAUGAUUGGAAAUGAUCAAGAUUCAGGACAAUCCACAAGGAUCAAUUACCAUCCUAAUCAACAAGCAGGGGAUGCAUGGGUAGAUGACUAUUCAGCAUCAGAGUCAUCAUGUUUGGCUAAUUCUAAUCGAUUCGAUGUGCGUGUUCGAAAAUUUAAUUCAAUCAAUUGUUAUGACACAGAGAGUGGGAGUAAUCUUGAGGAGCCCUAUCAUGAGCCUCUGAACAAUCAUGAAGAUCAUUCCAUGUCUGAUUCUGGGCAAAGCCGGGAUGAGACUCCAGCUGAAACUGCUGAUGACCCUGAUGAAUACUGCAAAGAGGUUCAAUGUAUUGAGAUUGAAGAAUCAGGCAGGGAUAACAAUUCUGAAUCUCGUGCCUUACCAAAUGGUGAAAGUGAGGGACCAUUGGCAUUGACACUGUAUGGAGAUGAUGGUUUGGCAGGCCAGGAAACAAUGUCUACCCCAAUGAAUGGAAUUAGAGAAGCAGAUCAUAUUCAGAAUGGUUUUAGGUAUGAUGCAUUGGAGCAGAGACUCCAUCAUGUACAGAAGACAAUUGAUUCUCUUGUCAGUCCUUACCCGGAUAAGUCAUCCCCAGAUUCCUGGGUAGCAGAUUUGUCAAGUUCUAGAAGCCUGAAGUUGAAUAGGAGCUGGAGUUGUAGAGCAGAUGUCAUGGGUGGUACAUCUUCUCCCUAUGCUGACAGAGGGCUUAUUGAAAGCACCCCACCUAAUGGAUUGGAGAAAAACUUUCCUGGAAGACCAGAAGGUUACCAAAAGAAGUUUCCUUCACUCAACUAUGGUGACAAAAAUGGAGUGCUCACUAGGAAUAAUUCUGAGUCUUCGCUUGGGAGUGCUUCUGUCAAGACUUCUGCAGAUGAGGAUAUUACUAGCAUUCAUACUUUUGUUGCAGGACUGAAGAAGCAACUUGCCAAUGGUCAGGUUCAGGGCACGGGGCUAGAAGCAGAUGAGUCUGGAAAGAGUAUGAAAGAUGUAGGAUUGGAUCCAACGCAUGAAGCAUCAGGUACUCCUCUGGAUUGGCGCCUGGAAUUUGAGAGGCUGCAGAAAGCAAUACUGGAGCUUUGGCAAACUUGCAACGUUUCCAUGGUUCACAGAACGUAUUUCUUCCUGCUCUUUAAAGGUGAUCCUACUGAUUCCAUUUACAUGGAGGUAGAGCUUAGGAGACUUGCCUUCCUCAAGGAAACAUUUUCUCAAGGAAAUCAAGCUGUAGAAGAUGGUCGCACUCUCACACUGGCUUCAAGUGUGAGAGCUCUUCACCGUGAGAGACAAACCUUGAGCAAGCUGUUGCGUAAAAGAUUUACGGAAGGAGAGAGACAGAAACUGUAUCAGAAAUGGGGCAUUGAAUUGAACUCGAAGCAGAGAAGGCUCCAGCUGGUCAAUCAGUUAUGGAGCAAUAACAAGGACAUGAAUCACAUAAUGGAGAGUGCUACUAUUGUUGCAAAGCUGAUUAGAUUUGUAGAGCAGGGACGAGCCCUCAAGGAGAUGUUCGGGCUUAGCUUUACUCCUCCACGCCCAAGGCGGAGAUCCUUUGGUUGGAAAAACAGCAUGGCGUCCCUCUUGUGAGCUAUAGAAAUAUCUUUAUACACAGCUAUAGCGGUAAUUUCUUGAAAAUUAUAGGCCAUAUAGCAUUCUUUUUUGUGAUUGAAUUUGUAACAGAUUGUGAUGACCUUUCAUAGAGUGGUGUAAAAAUGUAGAUCUUAACCGGAGUGGAUUAGAAGUCGAAACUGGGUUGGGUUUGAUGAAAUUGCUUUUAGCCUUCGAGUUGCCUUUGUAUCUCUGGACACCACGAUAAUCUGUAUUAAUAUUUAGGUGACAAUUGGAUUAAUAUUUGGGUUUGAAAAUGUGGCUUUCUAGUUUUACCAUUACCAUUUUAUUAGUAGGAUCUGCUGCUUCAUUCUUCUUCUCCUUCUCUAUCCCUUUGACUGACAGCUUCGAGCGUUAACAUCUCCCUGUUAUUCCAGAGUGGUGAAUUGCUAAUUGCCUUAACCUUUGUGUUUACUAUCAGUUGAAUUUUUUUUUUUUUUUUUUUGUGAAAUUACUAUCAGUUGAAUUUUAAUCACUAUUUUCAAGUAUUUAACAGUUAUUAGUCUUAAAACUAGAUAGAUGAACCAAAAUAUAGAACUAACAGUUAAUUUUGAUUCAAUUGCACCAACAAGCAUACAAUUGUCUUUUGAACUAUCCACAUUUUAUAAAUACAUGUGUGAGCAAAUAAUAAGAAUCGACU